GAUGUCCCACUUCCCACAGAGAUUCUCGGGGAAGAAGAGCUCGAGUCGGAGGAGGAGUUUGCCGGCCCGGAGGAUGUCCCACACCCCAUGGAGAUUGACAAGGAGGAGGCUCUAGCCGAACUGGGCCCGGAUGAUGGUCAGAUAGAUCCCUUGGAGAUCCAGCUGCGGGAGGAGAUGUUGAAAGCCGAGUCUGGGGACCUCACCGGCCCAGCA